AUGGUGCCGAAGAUGAAGAGGGAACUCAAAUCGAAUCAGCCCGCUGUGCCGGUUGCUGGACGUCUUCGAUGGCACGGCUAUUCUCUUCUGGAGAACAACCCAUGGGCUCAACCGCCAGAGUCUAUUGUGGACGAAGGCGCCGAAGGCAUCAGACGAUAUUUCGAGGACCUAUAUGGUGACCCCGGCAGGGUCCAGCGCGACAGCAUCAAGAUCAUUCAAGUCGGGCAGGGAGGCGCGGGGAAAACGAGCUUGCGCCAGAGCAUGAAAGCUAACCAAGCAGCUCCUACGCCGGAGUGGAAGGAAGAGAGCACGGUUUUUGCCGAUGUUGAGUCCAUGGUCCUCAAGGGUACAUCUAUUCGGGUACACGACUGCGCCGGACAGGUUGGUUUUCGAGCACAUGGAAACGACUAUCGGAGUCUUUACGAAGAUGGGGGUUGCCCAACAUUCCGCCAGGUUGCCUACACGGGGCUGCUGCAGAUGUUCCUGACGCCACUUGCUGUUUGCGUGCUAGUGUGCAACGCCAAGGCGUUCGAAAACCCGGGCGACGGGAUCGGUAGCCAGGUAGAGAAAGACUGCCGUAUGCUGGAAGAGUUGUGCGUCGGUAUGCAGCCCGUUGAGGUUGAGGAUGGCGUUUGUCUAACGAGCUGCUCCUCCAUGACAAUGUAUGACGGGGGUUGUCUACCAAGCUGCUGUUCGACCUCAAGCAAUGGACAAGGAGAGGGUGACAGUGGACCUGAGGCUUCGGGGAGGCGUUGGGCGUGUGAUUGGCUGGACAAGAAGGACGAGAACCCUUCACCUGGUCCGCUAGACCGCCUUGUGAACAAGCGCGACGGUGGUCUUCGAGGCGCUCGGAUAAUGCUUCCUCGCAGCUGGGACAUCGCGCUUACUUUUCUUGAAGCUCUCGAGCGGGGACGGGACCCCGUGAAGAUGGAAGUGCCGAAGUUGGUCGACUCUGGCGAAGAAGGCGCGAAAACGGCAGAGCCCAAGCUAGACGUGUAUCAGGGAAUCACGGUGGAGGAGCUCAGGGGCAAAUGGCAGGAGACGGUCCUUGAGCUUGAAAAAAUAGACGAAGCAGUGAAUAAUACCGAGAACGCGUUGGAAGGAGCGCGGUCGAUCAGGGAGUUCGAUGGAUCCCUCGUUCGCCACAAUACGUUCGUCUUUCUAGACGUGGUUUGGCUAGCCAAAAUCCUCAAGCCCUUGCUAAAUCACAAGGAAGAAGAGACCUUCGACGGGCUCAAGAGAGAGGGAAUUCUGGAGCCCAGGUUGGCGCAAGUCGUGUGGCCUGCUGGCCUGUGCGAGUUCGUUCUGCCAACUCUUGCAUCCCUGGGUCUUACGUUUCCGCUCGAAAACGAUCCCGCCGAAGGUCUGGUAGUUCUUCUUAGGCUAGACCCAGACCGUCCCGAGCAUGUCCGCGAAGUGGUCGACACGUUUCGGUCGGGCCUCACCCCUGUACUCACCGCCGGUUGGAAGAUUUUCCUCGGUGUACAGCCCGGUGCGAUCGAAAAGGUUUUGACGCGAUGCUGCGACCUUGGUGGUGUGCGGACGUGUUGGCGGUCCGGGGUGCUCGUGCAUGGUCGCCUCGGCGUCCAAGACGAGAGAGGAACAUUUGCAGUGGUGGUACAGUAUUCGUCAGACGGCAACGAACUGACCGCUCCGGUGUACGGCGAUAGAAGCAGUCCUGCUCUGUGGACGGCGGUUUCAUUCGUCAGCUCCGUGGUGAGGUCGAUGCUCCUGGAGUUUCCAGGGCUGCGCUCGAGAGGUUUUUUGGAGUGCCCUCAGCAUGGCGACGCGAUGGCUUUGACUGGCAAGGGUCUCAUUGCAAGCCCUUCAGUUCUAGAGCUGCAAGUAGGCCACAACGACUACCAAGGAUGUCCAACAAGGGACGAAAUCGUGUACCUUCGCACGCACCAGGAAACUCGCGCAGGAGACAACCUUCUGGACACUGCUGGAUGCCCGCAACGUAGUCCCGAGAUUGGGGGGCAAGGGGCGGCGAUCGUUGAACUUGUGAGCAUUGUCGAUGUCCGACUUGACCGAGGCGUGAUUUUCCAAGAUGUCGAGACAAGGUUUGCCAACAUGCAGAGCCGAUACACAUUCUCUCGUUCGUCGCCGAACUACCAGGGCGAGGAGGCGUUGCUUGAAAGGAUUGCGGCCACUGUGGAUCGGGUUGAGGGAGGCAUCCAGGAAAGCCUCAUGUACCUCAAGAGGUUACAGGCCCCCAACUGCCCUUGUCCCCACCUGGUGGAGGACAUGACGCUGCGCUUCUUGUGCCCGGUCGACAUGGAAAAGGUACCAUGCGGAAUGAACGGGGAAGGCUACCGUUUUCGCGAGAGGCGCAGCGGGGUCAAGAAGCUUGCGCCGGUUCUGCAGCGGGGGGAGUCGGACGUGGAUUUGUCGUACUUCCUGCAGGCCGUCAAGGAUGGGCUGGUCGAGGAGAUAGUGGAUGGUGCUCUCGACGAGGGAAUCCUCUUUCGUGUUGCAAACGGGGACGAGAACGCCGGGGCUGACAUGCAAAGGGACGCAAGGGCGUCGUACGAAGUCUUGAAAGAGUUUAUGGAGAAACUCGACAGAGGGAACAACACCGAGGGCCUCGACGGUUACACAGACUUUCGGGAGAAGAUGCAGCGCGUCAGUGACGGACGGGGAGUAAUGGUAUGGUUGCGUACAGAAAACGUUCGAGAGUGGCGAGACUCACUCUCUUCUGCUGCGCCAUCGAGGUAG